UUUGAACACAAGUCUUGGCUCGAUUUGCGGCUCUACCAGGAAGGAUUGAUGACAGAGUUCUUUCACCAUGAGCAACCCGCCUACUCAAUGCUAUCUCGGCACAGCCUACACAGCUUACAACUCGACCACUGCUUGUCUCGCCGAAUGCUUGCAGCCGAAGCAAUUUUUUUCAUCCGACGAUGCGAUAUCCCAAUGUUUCAACCUGGCAGCAUAUGGAAAUGCCUUCAACACUGGUGGUCCCUGCAACGAAAGUGCAGCCAGCCCAUUGGUCCAUCUUUUCGACACAUGCAUGCAGGAUUACUGUCAACACGAGGACCAAGAACUCGGUGGUUGCAACUACACCGGCAUCUCUACUAGCAUCUGCAGAGAUGAUGAUAUAUGGCACACCCUAUGCAACAAAGUCAGUGCAAGCGUAAAUGCGGACAUUGGUGGAAUUGGAGUCGUUAUAUCUUACAUAAUGCAAAUUCUCAUGGCCCUCGUAGCCUGGAUUAUCCUCUCCCUUAAAGGAUCCUGGUUCACCUCUAUCUAUCGAAAAUGGUCGAGAGCUGGGGAUACGCGGCAUGAAAAACGCUCUACCAAAUGUCAUUCUGACCAAGCCGCUGUUUUAAAGUCCAUGCUCGUCGAAUUCCAAGAAGCGCAGUGUUUCUUUAUGCUGGCUACUCAGAUUGCCGUAUUAAUUUCCUUUGGAAAUCAGGCUAAGUUCUAUGGACCUAAGGACGAAGCUCAACUAGAUAUGGAUAACUACCUUGGACAAAUUAUUGGCACCGGGGGAUUAUUACCAAUCAGCCUUGUCUUAUUCACACUCAAUAAUAUUGGUAUGAUUUCUUGGUAUAUCCUUGUCCUGUCCGGAAUCACCUUGGCAACGUCAUCAGCCACAGUUAUUAUUUCGACCAAGAAUGAGGACAACGGCUAUACUCCGUCUAGUCUUGCGGGCUUUUACGAUACGGCGUCUAUUGAUAGUUGUGGUGGCUACCCUCCGCCAAUUGUGUUCUGCGAUGAGGUCUGGUACAAGAGCACUAUCAGCCAAUACUUCGACCAGAAGGUCUUGAGCUGGACUUAUAUUUUCCCUCUUGUGGUCUUCUCGGUAAUUCUAUCCCAACUCUUAUUGACUUUACCUCGGCUCUCUCGUUUUGUAAAAGGAAUGCUACCUCAGCUUUCUCGUCUCGAAGGUUCGAAACUCGUUACAUAUCUGAACGUCCUUUGGAUCGUAGCAAUCUCUAUCCUUUAUUUGUUUGCCAUAUAUUCGUAUCUUGCCAAUCUUUACUACCUCAACAAAUUCGGGGCUAUUGAUACAAGCAACUGGACGCUUGGUCAGAUCGUUGCUGUAACAAUAUGGGCACCUGUUCUAUUGAAGUAUAUCUAUAGCGCCUGCUUCGGGAUCGAGGCACAUUCAAGAGUUCGUUUCGCGAAGCCAUACGAGCUCACCAAAUCCAACCAUUCCAAUCCUCAGAUUGACACUGAGAGAGGAGCCCUUCCCGAGAGGGAAAUCGGGAGCAAUGGCAAUAAUCCCCACGAGGAAACCACCCAACAUGGGUAUUCUAAGAUCGGAGGAGCUCAACUCAUCGAAACAGAGGCGGAAGUUUAGUAGCAAAUUAAGUAGGAUGUUGGACUUUUAUCACUCAUUGGGGGGACAUUUUUGAGGUCUGUUCAGUCUUAGGAUGGUUGUGUGAGACAUUUGGCAAGGUUGUUCAAAUGCUGGCUAUUGCGCCACUCCUUACCCAUUUUCAUUACAGCAGCCUGGCUUUCCUCUUUCCGUUACGAUAUAUAUAGGCUCUGAUAGCCAAAGCAAGAAACUUCAAGGCAACAGUCGCUUUACGACAUCCAGUUUUCUUCUUUUAGUAUUGGUUCGAUUAAUAUAUUUGACGAUAAC